GAUCGCAAAUUACAUCACAGUUGUGCCCACAGACGCACACGCAUAUCACAACGGGACCUGAGUCAUACAGACGGGACAAUUUUUAAACUCUCUCUUUCUUAUUACAUGCCACAAUGUUGCCUUUCAAGAGAACAUUUGAGAACGAAAAACAUCAACUAAAGGAGCUCAACAGCAGACUUGCCCAGUAUCUCUCCAGAACCAAGCAGCUGGAGCAGGAAAAUGCGCAUCUCAUAGCCGAAAUAAAUAAACUCAGACAUGUGAAGACGGCGGAAUGGGAACCGAAGUACAAGGCUGAGCUUCGGGAUCUGAGGAGAAUGGUGGGGCAGAUGUCGUUUGAAAAGUCCCAGGCUGAGAUGGAAAGGGAGAAGCUAUGGCGCGAGUUGCAGAUGAUCCAGUCUAUGUGCUGCGAGCAGACUGAGGUGUGCAGGGAAGUCAGUGGCGAACUAAAAGGCUGCGAGUCGGAGCUUCACCACGCUCACAAGACCAACAGUGAACUCCAGCAGCGUUUAUUUCAACUAGAAAAAGAGUAUAAAUGCUUAGAAGAUGCGCACAGGCAACAAAUGGACCAUUUACAUCGUCAGGUGGAGUCCCGGGUGGUACCAAUCAUCACGCAAACUUAUUGCGGGCCUCCGGCGGCCUCCUUGGAAGAGGUGGAAGAAUAUGCCCGAGGACUGUCCGAAGGUUGGAUUGAAACCUUUGAAAUGUACCAGCAGAAAGUGGAAGAAAUGGAGCAGUCGAUUAAAGCGGACCAGGCGAGGCUGAGUGAUCUCCAGAGGGAGAAGAUGCUGUACGCAUCAGAGUUGGACAAAUUACGCACAGAAGCGGAAAACCAAGGCAAGGUUCAGAUGCAUCUCGAAGAGCAACUGAUGCAUAUGCAGGAAAAAUUCCGUGUGGACUUCAGUGAAUAUCAGAUGAUUAUUGAGCAGCUGGAGCAUGAGAGGAACAUGAUGUCUAACACUAUGGCAGAAAAGAUGAAAGAACAUCAGCACCUUCUUCAGGUCAAGAUGGAUUUGAGCAUGGAGGUGGCUGCCUACAGGGCUCUCCUGGAAGGUGAGAGAGUAGGUCUGCAAGAUGCUCACAGGAGGGUGAAUCAACAUCAAAGAGAAAGAAUAAUAGAUAUCAAGAUGCCUGCCCAACCAUACACUCCAAGAGCAUCCACCUCAAUCAGACAACAUGUGGAUGCCAGGUACACAGCGCCGAUUCCAAACCUGAGGAGAUCUCCUGUGCCUCACUCUGGGUCCAUUAGUCCCUCAAGGGUCAUCCCUAUUUCACUCACAGCCAGAGCUCAGCAUCAGAGUCCCGCAUCCAGAAGGGACAUGAUCUCAUUUACCAAAGCUCGGGCUGCUGCUUCUGCCCCUGCGCCCACUGCUACCAAAGAUAAACCAAUGGUCCACAGUGAAAAACAAAUUGGUCAAAAGGCGCAGAAAACAACAACAGAGGAGAAAACUGUGCAAAUCAAACAGGUCUUUCAGGUAGAGAAUCAAAUAGGCCCCAUUAAGUCCUCUACUGCUGAGACCACAUCAGUGAGAGUGGUGUCGCCACCAAUGAUGAGCCUGAACAUGAAAACCGAGACUGAAAGGAAAAAGAAAGUGCCAGAUGAAAAAGAAAAAGGAGAUGUUUGUGACAGUGAGUUUAAAGAUGAAGGGAAAACAGAGUCUACGAUAGGCCCAGGCGAGAAAAAGGUAUUAGACUCAGUGUCUGUUGAGGAGCUCAUUGAGAAAGUGAUAAAACCAGCUGGUUUGGAAGCUAAAGUUUGCUCAUCAGGAGACUCAAAGGUAAUCUAUCAUGUGGAGAAAACUGAGCAGGAGGAUGGUUCAACUAAGACACAGAUUGUGCUGGAGUCCAAGGUGGAGGAGGAGCUGGAUAUUUCAGAGGACUCUGCCCUGGAUGAGCUACUGGGCCAAGGGGUGAAGAAGGUGUCACUGGAGGACAUCAAGGACACAACAACAGGAAGCAUGAUCAAGAACCUGCUGAGUGGCCUGCAGGGAGGUGAGAGCCUGCAAAAUAGGUCUGUCAACGUGGAAAUUAUUGAGGAACCAGUUGAGUCUCUCAGUGAUGAGGAGCAUGAGGUUGAGCAGAAGUCCAGAUCUAGUUUUUAUGAGCCCUCCUCAACAUAUUUCCAAAUUGAGGAGCUAGAAAAUGUCCCUCAUGUCGCUCAAGUUCAGAGUGAUGUUGAUGCCAUGAAAACCUUCACGACGGACACAGUCCAUUCCAAGGGUGGAUCUGUUCAAGUUCAAGAGAUCUCUAGGGAGAGUGAAUCUCCAUAUUUCUCACAUGACCAAGAGCCUCAUGAGUACUUUGUCUCCACACCAGAUGAGAACCUUUCUGAACCCGAGGAAGGUGUUGGCAUCACCUCAUAUGGCCAUUAUGGCGUUUUAGAUGACCUGUCAGAUGAGAGGUAUUAUCGAGAUGAAAGUCUUCCAUCAAAAAGUGUGAUUGUUGAGGAAAGUGACGAAUUCAAGUUCAUGUCAGGUGAUCACGCCUUUGUCAAAGAGAGUUUUCCAGAGUGCAUCAUUGAAGAAGAGGUUCGUGUCUCCCCUAUAGUGCAGGAGUCAGUGCUUGAGUUCCUAAGAGAGGAUGCAUUGGAGCCUAAAGAGCAGCUGAAGGGAGCUUUAGAGAAGUUAGAAGACUCAGUGUCAGGUCCACUGAGAGAGGAGUUGGCUUACCUCAGAAAAGUGAGCAAUGAAAGUCCAGAGAAUUUGACUGUCGAUGUCAAAAAAGUGCAACAGUCAAGUGACAAUGGAACCAUGACCAUUGUUGCAGAGCUGAAUGUCUCGCAAACACUAGAGGAAUCUGGGCUUCUAGACACAGGUGAUGAUCUAUCUGAAGAGCAGAUCAUGGCAGCUCUAAAGUCUUCUAACAUUGAGAAAGCCUUCCAAGAUGGGGCAGGAGGCGGGUACAGCUUCAGAGUCACCAAAGAAGAGGAUGUUGCGUAUGGAGAAGAGUUUGAAGGCUUCACUAAUGAAGGAGAGUCUGCACUUGAAAUAACUGAGAAACAUAUCAAACUGGGGCCAUCAGAGAAGUCCUUCACCUUCCAGAUGGAUGUGCAUGGUAGCCAUGCUGAGGCAACCUCAGAGCAAGAUCUGCAGUCUCAAAUCUUGGAGACCCCGGUGAAGGUUUCUCAUGAGAAAAGAGUUGCGACAGUUUACCUUGAAAGCCCUACAGAUGAUUAAAAAAGUUUUCAGUGAAAAAUAUUUUCACACUCAAUAUUUGCCAAUGCGUCACUCAGUGCACAUGUAGAGGUUGUUUUGAUGCAGCAAUCCACCACAUAUGGCAUUAAUGCUGGUUGCAGACACUGUAAUGCUUUCAUUUUUGCAGUAAAACAUUAUAUACACAAUUGAUGUGCAGCUUUUAUUGUACCUACUGUACAGUAUGUCACCCAAUAUUUUGUGCCCCUAACUGCAUCUGUUAAUUCAAACAAAAUUCAAUUAAUCAAGUAAGCAUACUAGAUUAUUACAUAUUUUAUAAUAUUAAUUGAGGCAGUGCUACAUAGUCAAAGAUACACAAUGCCAACUAAUAAGGGCUAGCUUGAGUAAGGAUUGUAAUAUCUAUAUAUUAUAGCAAUUUUUUAAUGGUAGUCUAUAUACUGUUGGAGUGUAGUGCUGGUGUGGGUUAACCUUUUUAUAGUUUGCAGUAUCUUUGAACUUGUUUAUGUUCUCUAGAUUUCUCUAUUUUUGUACUAACCUGUGCUGUACAGCUUAAACAUCCUGUUCUGCAGUUCACAGCACCCCAUCACCCUGACCAUCAGAUCAUGGCCUUUUCUAAUAUGUAAUUAGUUUAGUUUAUUCAUUUAUUUUAAAGGGACAAUGCAUAUUGCUUACAUUUCUGAAAAUAUGCCAGAGUUAACCAAAAGACUAAUCUUCUGUAGUCUACAUCUAAUGCAGAGCAACAUGUGACAGUUGGAAGUUAUGAUGUGCUGUGUGCAGUAUUUGCAGGUUGGAGCUUUAAUUUUUUUUUUCACUUGGGGACUGCUACAAAAUGGAAUGAUGAUAGUAUAUACUCUAUGCUGGAAAACAGCAGGUUAUGUUAACCAGUUGACACUAAUGCACACAGAAUAUAGGUAAGCUUAUAGUGGAAGAAAGUAUACACAUGUAUGCUGGGGAAGUGGAGAAAAAGAUAGUAAUUUGUCUUAACAAAUACUGCAGGUUUUUGAACACUGAAAUCAAGGUAGAGUGCAAGUAAAUGUGGCACUUAAAAGUGUCUGUCAUGUAGAAUAAAUAUUUAGGUAUUUAGGAUUUACCCUUACUCACAACUAAGUACACAUUAUACAGUUUUGACAAUUGGAAAAAAAUAACUGCCCAAUAUAUAAUUACAAUUUUGUUACACGAUGUUACAUUUUUCUAUAAAAUCUAUAUCUUUACAUGGUAUGUCAAUACCAUGUGUUUUUAUUCACCCAACAGUAAAUAUUGUGACUUGAACACAUGCUUAAGGAGUUGGAAAUUCAAAAUACCAUUUUAAAUUCCACAGGAAAAUGUCAAUUUUAAAGGCAAGUGGUAAGACGGAAGAAAGAAAAGAAGGUAGUAGAACCUUUAUGAAUGAAAAAGAAUGCAGCGAUAGGGUUAUUAAAGAAGAUACAAUGACAUCUGGGUUUGAUGUAAGUCUUGUCUGAACGUUGUUUGUUUGUACACAUUGGUUUAUCACAGUGUUGGCUUGAAGGAUUCACCUUUGCUCUGACACAAGAGUGUUUUCAUGACCAUGACUAUUUUUGGAUCAUCAGCUUAGUGGCACCGAGUGUUCACCAGGGUUUGUUGUGUUGUGUACUAGCUCCAGAAGCAGAAAUGGUCCAAUACUAUUACAGUGUGGUGACAUGUUUUGCAUGGCUGUACAAUUUACACUUACACUAACUACUGAGCAAAGUCUACUCAAAUUGCUUUUUUGGCACCAUCAUGUUGAAAAAUUGUGAGUGUGAAUGUCAUGGCUUUUAAGUUGACUAUUAAUAUGUUUAUUGUCAAUCUACAAAAUUAAACCUAUAUGAAAACAAUGUUUUACCUUUAAGUGCCCAGAUACAACACAUUCUCAUAGAUUUUCUGGUCUGUAAACUGCAGUAAUACAAGAAAAAAAAAGUUUCACAUCAGUCACAUCAGUGUACUUAAAUUGUGGCUGAAUAAGGAAAUUCUCUGUUAGGUUUUUUUUUAACAUGUACAGUAUGUACACAGUGCAAUCUGGAUACUACUGUAUAUGUCAUUACAUAGCAUAAACAUAAUAAUAUACAUCAGCAUACAGAAAAUCUACUGAUGAAUAAAGAUGUUUAAUGACUGAGUGUUCACCCUGGACAGCCCAACAUUAUUGCUUUUAUUGACAUAAUAAUUUACAUUGAACAAAUAACAAUAUGGCUUUUGAUGAUUAAGGUUCCUUGGAAAUUGUUUCAUAUGUUAACAUCAUUAAAAACUACUGUGGGUA